UCAAAAUUUUAAAUAUUUUUAACAAAGAAAGCAAUGACACACAAUGACUUGGCCAAGUCGAUAUUACACUUCAAUUUGUACUUAAAAUAUCAAAGAAUUCUCGACUGACGGGAGCUUCGGUAUGGCAAUGGCAACUAAAGACUAUUCCACGUAUCCUCCAAGUCUUGAAGAAGAACUGAAAGCAUUGGACAUCGAGUUGGAAGAAGGUGACAUAACACAGAAAGGAUAUGAAAAGAAACGAGCAAAGAUCUUUGCUCGUCUGCAGGAAGGACAACCAACUGAAACUCCAGCAAAUGAGAAAACACACCGCAACAGCUUCAGUCCUAGUUCCGACAUUCCUUAUCAUCCAAUGCCAGUAGGUUUGCGUGCCGAAGUUGUCCAGGCUGCUUUGGCGCAGCAGCGAUCUCAGGCUCCAUCUCAUGGACCUUUACCAUUUAAAAGGCAGUCACUUCGACAUAAAGUGGCCACGGAACUUAGUGAAGUUGAAAUUCCGUUGGCCGACUACGAUGAUACUGAUAAAGUGUCAAAUGGAAACACACCAUCAAACAAUCCCACUCCAGAUAAGUACAGACAUGUGACCGAAGACCUGACGGUGUUAAAUGCUAAGAACAACACGUCACCAAUGGAAGAAGACGUUGUCAUUGCGCAGCCCGUCAUGAUCGAAGGCGAUCGUUCCAAGGCGGGCCUGAAAAGACGCAGUCAAAUGCACGUUGCAUCAAUUAGACUUGGUUCCGAGUCGGAUUCCAAUACUGAAUCUUCCUCACCAGGAAAGGUCUCAAAUAAGAUUCAACAACUGUUGAACACGCUUAAGAGACCAAAGCGUAAACCACUGGAGCAGUAUUUCACAGAUGAUUACGACAUCGUUGAAGAACCAAAACUCGAUCCCAGUGCCCCAAAACCAGAAGGCAUCACGACGAAACCGUCAAUUGGUGAACCCAUUCAGUCUCAAGCUCAAUGGGGAAACAGCUUAGAAGAAUCGUUGUAUCGAUAUGGUACAAGUCACCACAAAGCAGCGGCCAUAUCUACCAUUGACAAUCACUGCAAAACAUCCUACACACUUACAUAUGGAAAACUGCUGAGCAAAGCACAAAAAAUCGCGUUCACAUUACUAAACAAAGUUGGUAAUCCUAAAGACGGAACUUCUAUAAUGAUGGGUGACAGGGUGGCUUUGAUGUACCAUCCCGAUGAUAUUAUUGGCUUUUCUACGGCAUUCUAUGGCUGCCUAUUGGCUGGCAUUACUCCCGUUGCCGUCGAACCACCAAAAACCAGGGAGGAUCCAGGCGGUCAGCAGAUUGGGUUUCUUCUUGGAAGCUGUGGAGUCUCAUGGGUUCUCUCGACCGAAACUUGUUUCAAAACAUUACCGAAGGAUGAAACAGGCAACAUCGUUCAUUUCAAAGGUUGGCCAAAUGUUCGUUGGUAUUACAUGGAGAGAGUUGGAAAGCCUCCGAAGGAUUGGCGACCUCCGUCCAAUCUUUCUACAAUAGGCAAAGAUGGUUCAGCUCUUGGUGUCACAGUAACGCGAUCAAACUUACUCACACAUUGUCAAAUGGUGACUCAAGCUUGUUCUUACACAGCUGGUGAGGCAAUGGUGAGCGUUCUCGACUUCAAAAGAGAAGUCGGUUUAUGGCAUUCAAUAUUGACUAGUGUUUACAAUGGCAUGCAUGUGAUAUUUGUACCAGGAAGUAUAUUGAAAGUCAACCCUGCUAUGUGGUUACAAGUGAUCACCAAACAAAGAGCGACCUGUGCUCUGGUAUCAUCUCGAGACUUACAUUGGUCGCUUCAUGCGACCAAGGAGAUCAAGGACGUGAAUCUAAGCUCGAUUCGAAUGUUAUUGCUGGCCGACCGAGCAAAUCCAUGGUCAUUGUCUGCAUGUGAUGCUUUCAUAAGUGAAUUCCAAACAAAGGGACUGAAACCAGAGUCAUUGUGUCCCUGCGCCAGCUCUUCCGAAACAUUAACAAUUGCCAUCAGAAGGCCAGGAAAGCCCGGCUCAACGGCUACAGGUAGAGGUGUGCUGUCCCUAAACGGUCUCAGUUAUGGUGUCGUGAGAGUCGAUAAAGAAGGUUCUGUAACGUCAUUGACUUUACAGGACUGUGGCACUGUUCCACCCGGGGUUAAAAUUGUAGUUGUUAAACCAGACGGGCGACCAAAUCUUUGUAAGACUGACGAAGUUGGUGAGCUUUGUGUUGCUAGUGGAACAGUUGGCAGUGCCUACUUUGGAUUAGUUGGAAAGACAAAUUAUGCUUUCAAGGUUCAGCCUCUUGGUUCAGACGGUGGACCUGUCGAGCAGUAUUCACAUUAUUCGGAGUAUGUGAGAACGGGUUUGCUUGGCUUUCUUGGACCGGGCGGUCUGGUGUUCAUAUGUGGUACAGUUGAUGGUCUUAUAAAGGUGUCUGGACGUCGACAUAAUUCCGAUGAUCUUAAGGCGACCAUCCUUGCCGUUGAUCCGAUCAAGUUCGUUUACAGAGGAAGGAUCGCAAUAUUUGGUAUCAAGGUUUUACGCGAAGAAAGAAUCGUUGUCGUAGCUGAACAGAGACCAGAUUGUAAUGAAAAUGAGGCCUUUGAAUGGAUGAGUCAUGUGAUCCCAGCCGUUGACAGUAUUCACAGCGUCGGUAUUUACUGUCUGUGUCUUCUCAGUCCAGGUGGUUUACCAAAGACCUCAACCGGCAGCAUUCAUGUGUUAGAAACGAAACAGAGAUUUUUGGAAGGCUCGUUGCAUCCAUCUAAUGUUCUAAUGUGUCCUCAUUCAUGCGUGACCAAUCUUCCUAAACCGCGAGGAAAAUAUCAAGAACCAGGUCCAGGCGCGGUUAUGGUGGGAAAUCUUCUACGUGGAACGAGGAUCGGGGAGGCCUCGGGCCGAGAGAUUGGGGAGAUCAGUAGCGAGAUAGAUAAGAAGUUUCAAUUUUUAGCGGAGAUUUUAAAAUGGAGAGCGCAGUCUACACCUGAUCACAUUUUGUUCUCCUUACUAAACGUCAAGGGAGGUUUGUCAUCCACACUAAGCUGUCUUCAGUUACACAAACGCGCCGAAAGAGUUGCUCAGAUGGCGAUGGAGAGCGGUGACUUGAGUUCAGGAGAUCGUAUUGCCCUAGUUUAUCCACCAGGAAUCGAUCUGAUUGUUGCUGUGUACGCCUGCUUGUAUGCUGGUCUCAUCCCAAUCCCUAUUCGUCCACCUUUUUUGAAGAACAUUGCGACAACGCUGCCUACACUGCGCAUGGUCAUUGAAUUGAGCCAAUCACAAGCUAUUCUCACUACUGGUGCUAUUGUUAAAUUAUUAAAAUCUAAAGAAGCCUUACAUAUCGUUAACAACAAGCAUUGGCCUCACCUUCUAAACACAGAUGAUCCCCCGAAGAAGAAACUUCUUCGACCUUAUAACCCUCCAACAGCUGAACUGUUGGCUUACGUUGACUUCAGUGUUUCCACGACUGGCGUUUUGACUGGUGUGAAGAUGUCACAUGCAGGUGUCGCAGCAUUAUGUCGGUCAAUGAAGAUGUCCAGCGAACUCUACCCAUCACGUGACAUCUGUCUUUGUCUCGAUCCAUUUUCAGGUUUAGGAUUCGUAAUGUGGGCAUUAACUGGUAUAUUUUCUGGUCAUCAUACGAUUCUUGUUGCUCCCGGAGAUUUGGAACAAAAUCCAGCUCUAUGGCUUUCUGUUGUUAGUCAGUACAAAGUACGUGACACGUUUUGUUCUUAUCCUGUAAUGGAUCUUUGCACGAAAGGACUUGGUCAGCACAUCCCAUCUUUAAGAGCGAAAGGCGUUAAUCUUGCCUGUGUUCGAUCUUGUGUUGUCGUUGCUGAAGAACGUCCUCGAAUCAACCACACGACAUUUUCUACUCUGUUUUCUGGUCUUGGUCUUUCGCCAAGAUCCGUCAGUACAUCUUUUGGAUGUCGUGUUAAUGUCGCUAUAUGUACACAGGGUUCUGCCAGCCCCGAGACAAGCACCGUUUUUGUUGAUACUAGAGCUCUUCGGAAUGACAGGGUGACUUUAGUUGAAAAGGGAAGUCCGCACAGCAUUUGCCUACAAGAAUCUGGCAAAAUUUUACCCGGCGUCAAGGUUAUCAUAGCCAACCCAGAAAGUAAAGGUCCGUUAGGAGAUUCACAUUUGGGCGAAAUAUGGGUGAACAGCCCUCAUAAUGGCACUGGUUAUUUUAACACAAACCCACUCCAGUCAACGGAACAUUUUCAAGCUCAGUUAUUGACCGGAAAUACGACCACCAAAUACGCGCGCACUGGAUAUCUUGGGUUCAUCAAAAGGACGGAUUAUACGCAGACAGACGGAGCUCGUCAUGAUGCCUUGUUUGUUGUUGGUUCUCUUCACGAAGCAUUGACAUUGCGUGGUAUGCGUUAUCAUCCCAUCGACAUCGAAAAUUCAGUCGUCCGCAGUCACAAAUCUAUCUGUGAAAGUGCUGUGUUUACGUGGACCAAUCUCUUGGUCGUAGUUGUAGAGCUGGAGGCAAACGAGAACGAGGCUCUGGAUGUCGUGCCGCUGAUCACAAACAUCGUACUCGAGGAGCACCAACUUGUCGUCGGCGUAGUUGUCGUUGUAGAUCCACGGGUUGUUCCCAUCAACUCUCGUGGUGAAAAACAGCGUAUGCAUUUGCGCGAUGCCUUCCUUGCGGAUCAGCUUGAUCCUAUCUAUGUAGCGUACAAUAUGUGAGGGUUGAAGGUUCCAAGCAUUGCGGGCGUGCGGGUCACAAGCCUAUUUAUGUAGAAAUUAUAAAUAUAUAUGUUAUAUGAAUUAGGGAGAAUGAUGAUAUUGUAAAUGAAGGUCAUAACUUUUCUGUCUUCAUACUAUGUGAAGUAGUAGUGCUGUGUUCUUAGACAGAAUAAGAUGUAGAAUUUUAGAAACUUUUCAUUUAGGAUAAUUUAAUGUAUAGAUUUUUAAGUAUUAAUUUGUUGAAGUGUUAGGAUCGUGAUGUAUCUAAAGUAGUCGAUAGGAUCGUGAUGUAUCUAAAGUAGUCGAAAAUCGUCCGAGAAUAUAUUGACAAACAUCAAUAA